UAUUAAUGGAAGUCGGUGGAAGAGUGAAGAGAGGACGUUGUUGAGUUCUCUCUUCUAUUAGGGCUUUUCCUUCUCUAUCUCUCCCUCUGUUUCUCUCUAACCCCAAAUAGCCGAAAACACCAUCUUCAUCGGCAGAUAUCUAACCCUAACCAGGUAUUCUCCAUUCGUUUUUCAACACAACGUUUCUAAAUUCCACUCUGUUUUUCGAAACAUAAUUUUUUCUCGAUUUGAUUCAAAUAAUAAACCGACUUUUUUUCUUUAUCGAUUCGUUUUUUACUUGGUUUGAAGGGGCUACACGAGCCCCAGUUUUUGCACCACUUCGGGCGAGGUAUUUUUUCUUUUAAGCAUAAUAGAGAAAAUAGAGAUUGAAAUUGGCUACAAUUGGUUUCCGAUCGUGGGCCCGGUUCAUGAUCUAGAUCGGUCGAAUAAUGGAGCCUCCCGUGGUGAGAUCAAGGGGUAGGCCGAGGAAACGGAGGCUAAAUGAGGCCGAAAACAUUGCUCCUGGGCAUGAGACCAAGAAUCAGGCUGUCGAGAGGAGACCGGUGGCUUUGAUGGGACGGUACGUGCUGAAGGAAUUCGAUGGCAUUGGGAUUUUUCUUGGGAAAGUUGUACAUUACGACCAGGGAUUGUAUAGAGUCAAUUACGAGGAUGGUGAUUGCGAGGACUUGGAAAGCGGUGAGAUUCGUGGGUUUAUGCUGGGCGAUUAUGACUUCGACCAUGAUUUGAGUAGAAGGAAGAAGAAAUUAGAUGGGUUAGUAUCGAAAAUUAGUGCAAACAGUCGAACUGAAUCAGAGAAGAAAACGUUCGGCUCAUUAAAUGGAGGGGACAAGGUUGAAGCAUCUGCAUUAAGUAAGGUGAGGGGUGGAGUGACAAUUGAAAAUGAUGGGAGAGAGGAUGAAGGCCAUGCCAAUUCAUCGAGUGAUUCGUGUGAGUAUGUGAGGGACGGGGAUUCAGAGCUCGAUGUCGAGAGCCCACCUAUCCCACCACCAGAGUUGCCACCUUCUUCGGGAACCAUAGGUGUGCCUGAGAAGUAUGUUUCCUAUCUUUUCUCCGCUUAUGGUUUCUUGCGGUCCUUUAGCAUCCCUUUGUUUUUGAGCCCGUUUACUUUAGAUGAUUUUGUGGGGUCGCUUAAUUGUUGUGUUGCAAAUACGUUGUUGGAUGCGGUUCAUGUUGCUUUGAUGCGUGCAUUGAGGCAUCAUCUUGAAACACUCUCAUCGGAUGGCUUGGAGCUUGCCUCAAAAUGUUUGAGGUGCAUUGAUUGGAGUUUGCUUGAUACAUUGACUUGGCCUGCUUACUUGGUCCACUAUUUAAUGGUAAUGGGAUACACAAAGGGACCUGAGUGGAGAGGAUUUUAUGACAAGGUUUUAGUUAUGGAUUAUUAUUGCUUACCAGCAGAUAGGAAGUUAAUGAUUUUGCAAAUCCUGUGUGACGACGUCUUAGAGUCUGCUGAAAUAAGAGCUGAGAUUGACACACGUAAAGAAUCAGAAGUUGGAUUAGAUUAUGAUACAGAAACAACUAAUCCUAAUGAAAAUGUCCCUAGACGGGUUCAUCCCAGAUAUUCCAAAACUUCUGCUUGCAAGGACAGAGAAGCGAUGGGGAUUAUUGCAGAAACCUACAAAAUGAACUCAAGUGGUAACUCAAAUUCCUUGGGUUUCAAAGGCACUAAACGGGAUGUGGAUGCUGCUGAUAUUGAUGUGGAUAGAAAUGGUGAUGAAUGCCGACUUUGUGGCAUGGAUGGGAUCUUGCUUUGCUGUGAUGGGUGUCCAUCAGCAUACCAUUCGAGGUGUAUUGGCGUGAUGAAAAUGUUCAUACCAGAAGGGCCGUGGUACUGUCCAGAGUGCACCAUCAAUAAGAUCGGACCAACUGUUGCAAUUGGGACAUCACUGAAAGGCGCAGAAAUAUUAGGCAUCGAUUUGAAUGACCAGGUCUUCUUUGGUACUUGCGACCAUCUCCUGGUGCUUGGGGCUUCUAUAGACCCAGAGCCAUGUUUCAGAUAUUACAAUCAGAAUGACAUUCCAACGGUCCUGCAAGCUUUUUGUUCAUCUGUGAAACAUACAGCUUUAUACAUGGGGGUGUGCAAGGCAAUUUUGCAAUACUGGUCUAUUCCAGAAAGUAUAUUCUCUCUUGCAGUGAUGAAUGAAAUGCGUAGAAACUUAGCCUGCGUAAAGGAUGUUGCAAACCUUUCUAUUCUAUCGUUCCCUUCUGAAAAGGAAGAGCAAAAGGUACCUGCUAUGCUUGAGGCUGGCAAUUAUGUGUAUAAUGAAGACCAAAACAGCGUAAACAAUGCAGCCCUAUCAUGUCUUGGGAUCUCCUUGAAUGGGAUUACACGAACUGACUUUCCUGAGCCUCAUACCAUUGUUGACACCAGACAAGAGGAAUCCGCACUCGUGGAUAUGAACCUGACUGAGAGGAUUAAAAGGGAAUCUGCCAUUUCUAAUGGUUCAGAUAGCCAGCAAGCUGAUCCAUCUGACUUAACCCACCAAAGUUUAGUUGACAGAGCAGAUGCAGUAGACCUCACUACAUGCACCUCUAGAAACAUCAAAGGCAGUUCUACCGGGUAUGUGAAUGAUGUGUGUUUUCCUGUGAGUUUGGCCUCUCAAAGCAGAGAAGGUGAUCGAGUGGGUUCUAGAAAGAGUGACAGCAAUUCAGAUGCUAAAUUUUUAUACUUGGGGUCUUUCCAUAAACCUCAGGCUUACAUAAAUCACUAUAUGCAUGGAGAUUUUGCUGCGUCUGCUGCUGCUAAACUGGCUGUUCUUUCAUCAGAGGAAAUUAGGGUCCCAGAGGGUAAUGCUUCAGAAAACUCAAGGAAAGUUGCAUCUUCCAACAAUUUUUUACAGGCAAAAGCAUUCUCAUUAACGGCCUCUCGUUUCUUCUGGCCAAGUUCUGAAAAGAAGCUUGUGGAGGUUCCGAGAGAAAGGUGUGGUUGGUGUCUUUCUUGUAAGGCCCCUGUUUCAAGUAAGAGGGGAUGCAUGUUAAACCAUGCCUGCCUGUCUGCCACAAAAGGUGCCAUGAAGAUCCUUGCUGGCUUUCGGCCCAUUAAGAGUGGAGAAGGGAGUCUUGCUAGCAUUGCAACAUACAUUUUAUAUAUGGAGGCUUGUUUACAUGGUCUGCUAGUUGGCCCCUUUCAGAGUGCUAGUUACAGAAAGCACUGGCACAAACAAGUAGAGCAGGCUUCAACUUUCCGUGCAAUUAAAGCUCUGUUGCUUGAACUUGAGGAACACAUCAGCAUCAUUGCUCUUUCUGGGGAUUGGGUUAAACUGGUGGAUGGUUUGUCUUUUGACCCUUCUUUGACUCAAAGUGCUUCAUGCACUGUCACAACAACACAUAAACGUGGACUUAGUGGAAGACGAAAGAGGAAACAGUCUGCUGCAUCUGAAGUGACAGACGAUAGUUGCCAAGACCAAAGUUUUACCUGGUGGCAAGGUGGAAAGCUAUCCAAACUUAUAUUCCAGAAAGCAAUUUUGCCACGCUUGGUAGUCAAAAAAGCAGCUCGCCAAGGUGGUUGGAGAAAGAUCUCUGGCAUUUAUUAUGUUGAUAGCUCUGAGAUUCCUAAAAGAAGCAGGCAGUUAGUUUGGAGAGCUGCAGUUGAAAUGAGUAAGAAUACGUCACAGCUUGCUCUUCAGGUUAGAUACUUGGACUUUCAUUUGAGAUGGAGUGAUCUUCUUCGUCCUGAGCAGAACCUUCAGGAUGGAAAAGGUGUAGAUACCGAAGCUUCUGCUUUUAGAAAUGCUGUCAUUUGUGCUAAAACGAUUGUGGGAAACAAAGUCAGAUAUGCAGUUGUUUUUGGGAAUCAAAGGCAUCUUCCUUCACGCAUCAUGAAGAAUAUCAUUGAGAUUGAGCAAAGUCAAGAUGGAAAACAUAAGUACUGGUUUUCUGAGUCUCGCAUUCCUUUAUAUUUGAUUAAAGAAUAUGGAGAAAAUGUUGAUGAAGUAUUCUUGCCAUCUGUUGAGGAGUCUAUGAAUGUACCGAUCCAGUUACAAAGAAGGUGCUUGAAAGCCUCCCGUCAAGAUAUAUUUUUCUAUCUUACUUGCAAAAGAGACAAACUGGAAGUGUGUUCUUGUUCCUCGUGUCAGCUGGAUGUUUUAAUUAGGAAUGCAGUCAUGUGCAGGGCAUGCCAAGGUUAUUGUCAUGAAAGUUGUAUUUUGAAUUCUACAAUGUCCAUGAAUGAGGAAGUUGAGUUCUUUAUUACAUGCAAACGCUGUUUCCAUGCAAAGGCUUUAGCUCAGAAAGAUAGCAGUAAUGAAUCACCGACCACUCCCUUGGCGUUGCAAGGUCAAGAAUAUCCUAACUUAAGGAAAGUCACCAAGGGUGGAAGGCCUGCAUGUAAUAAUCAAUCGUUAGCCUCUGUCCGAACCCAGGCUACUGCUUCUGAGUUUAAACAAGCUACUUCUGAUUCUAGUUUGACAAAUAAAAGCCACCGCAAGCUGUGUUCUUGGGGCAUUAUGUGGAAGAAGAAGCAGAGUGAAGACACAGGCAUUGAGUUCAGGGUUAAAAAUAUUCUUUUGAGGGGCAGCUUGGAUGACCAUCAGUUGGGACCUGUUUGUCACUUGUGCCAUAAGCCAUAUAGGUCUGAUCUUAUGUAUAUCUACUGUGAAACUUGCCAAAAAUGGUACCAUGCUGAAGCUGUCGAACUUGAUGAGUCAAAAAUCUUUUAUGUAAAGGGCUUCAAGUGUUGUAAGUGUCGCAGGAUAAGGUCACCAUUGUGUCCUUACAUGGACCCAAAAGACAAGCUGUCUGAGGGCAAGAAGACACGCUUAAGAGAAAUAAAGCAAGGACGUAUGAGAGUUGACUCUGAUUCUGGAUUUAUUUCUGAAUUCAAGGAGUGUGAACCUCCUCCUCCAGUGUUUCUCAUAGAAUCUAAAGAGUGUGAACCUGCAACUCCAGUGUUCUCCAUGGAGGAAGUCUUGGGUCAAGAAUUUACAGUGUGUGAACCUGAGACCCCACUCUUUCCUAUGGAUGUAGUGUCAAAACCAGAAUAUGAUCCUCUUCUUUUACCCCAUUCUGGAGUUGAGCUUAUUACGGAGCAUGAUUCAGAACUGGACAUUGAAUGGAAUACUGCUUCUGGGCCAGGGCUGCAGAAACUUCCAGUCAGAAGGCAUGUGAAGCACGAGGGGGAUGCAGAUGGUAUAUUUGGAAGUAAUCUUUCUGAUGCCGAAGUGUCAACCCACGUUGAAGCAAAUAACUUGAAGCCUACAGAGGCAACGUCUCCUCAUGUAGAAUGGGAUGUUGAAAGUGAGAUGAUGUUAGACUAUCAAGGUUUUAAUUAUGAAGAUAUGGAAUUUGAACCCCAGACCUACUUUACCGUUACUGAGUUGCUGGCAUCUGAUGAUGUUGAUAAUACAUCUGGAGAUUGGUCAGGAAGCUUUGAAAAUCCAUCUUGUAAAAUUUCACCUGAAGAAAUCCCCGGCCAGUAUAGAAUGGAUAGUGAUCAACUAAAUCCUGCAACUUCUGUAAAGCCUACCAUUAAUAUGGGGCACUGUCAUAGGUGUUUACAUACCGAACCAGCCCCUGAUCUUUCUUGUCAAAUUUGUGGGUUGCAGAUACAUACAAACUGCUCACCUUGGGCCGAAUCAUCAUUUGGGGAAGGCAGUUGGAAGUGUGGUAAUUGCCAGGAGUGACGGUAGCUGAUCUAGUUGUAGUCUCUUUGAGGUUUUGGGUUUUUUUUCGUCUGCUCUUAGUGACUUUCUAAGGGAGCUCCCUCUGUGGUGAGAUGGUUUCAUACAUUUUACAAUGAUGUUAGGAAGGGGUUCGGUCUCCAUUGUUGUCGAACCUUGGAGAGAAUUUUGAAAUGCUAUGGUUGUGGUUUCAGAGGCGGAGCAGUUUCUAAUGCUGCUGGGGUUAAUGACCAGACAUGUUGCUGCUUCCUGACAGUUGCUCUCUGAUGGAUUCAGUUUUUCUCAUUGGGAAGUUUGGAAGACUUGCCUUUAGAACGUAGGACUGGUGGAGAUACUAGGUCACAAGUUUAUUAUACAAUGGUUAAUUUGUUCCCCAAUCGAUUUUAGGGAAUGCCAUCAUAUUUUCAAAGUACAGAAAUAUCACUGAGCUUGGAAGAUGAGCAGGCUUUUUUUGUGCUUGUCUCAUUGAAUUGCUUGUACAAAUCAAAGUUUUAUUAAAACAUUUUGCAAGGUUAACAACUUCACCUUAAUGUCAGAGAGCAUGCAUGCACUAAGUUUGAUUGGAAA